AUGAUCUGGACAAUCCUUCUGCUCUUCAAUGUCAUUCUGUUCUUCCUGCUGUUUUCAGACAGGACACGAUCAAAGAGAGAACCUCCUCUGGAUAAAGGAAUUAUUCCGUGGUUGGGACACGCGCUCGAUUUCGGAAAAGAUGCCGCCAAGUUUUUGACCAGGAUGAGGAUGAAACAUGGGGACAUCUUUACGGUUCGCGUGGCUGGACGUUACGUGACCGUCUUGCUGGACCCUCGUUCCUUUGACUCCGUCAUCCGGGACACGACUUCCCUGGAUUUCUCCCGCUACGCCCAGAUACUGAUGGAGAGGAUCUUUGGCUUACAGCUUCCAAACCACAGCUCCGACAAAGAGAAAGCCAUUAUGAGACGACACUUUCAUGGGGAAGGUCUUGCGUCUUUGAAUGACACCAUGCAGAGAAACCUGAGAGUUCUGUUGACAUCUGAGAUGCUACCCGACCAGACGGACUGGAAACGGGAUGGGCUCUUCAAUUUCUGUUACAGCUUACUUUUUAGAGCAGGGUACCUCACUCUUUUUGGCGGGGAGCAGAACAACAACAAAACAGACGCCACCAACGUCUAUGAGGACUACCGGAGGUUCGAGGGCCUCCUGACCAAACUGGCGCGGAAAACCCUCAAGUCAGGUGAGAGACAGGCGGUGUUCUCGGUGAGACAGAGACUCUGGGCUCUGUUAGCCUUGUCUGGCCUGAGGGAGGACUCCAGCCUCUGGCUGCGGGACUACAGGAGGCUCCUGAGGGAGGAGGGAUUUGAUGAGGAGACGCAGAGGAGAGCGCUCCUCAUGCAGCUGUGGGCCACACAGGGUAACGUCGGGCCAGCCAUGUUUUGGAUGUUGGCGUACCUGUUGACACACGCAGACGCCUUGACUGCCGUGAAGAAAGAGUUGAGCAGGGUCACGCUGCCGGGAGGAGUAUUCCUAGACCCAAAACAACCCACACCUGUGUUUGACAGCACUCUGGAGGAGACUCUAAGGCUCACUGCUGCCCCCUUCAUCACCAGAGAGGUACUGCAGGACAAGACUCUGGUCAUGGCUGACGGACAGGAGUAUGAUCUAAGGAAAGGCGACAGGCUGUGUUUGUUCCCUUUCGUCAGUCCCCAGAACGAUCCGGAAAUACAUCCAGAGCCUGAGAAAUUCAAGUAUGACAGGUUUCUGAAUGCGGAUGGAACCCCAAAGAGCGACUUCUAUAAGGGUGGCCGGAGACUGAAGUAUUACACGCUACCCUGGGGCGCAGGCAGGAACGGCUGCAUGGGCAAACAGUUCGCCAUCAACACCAUGAAACAGUUUGUGUUUCUGGUGUUGUUCCACGUGGAUAUGGAGCUGUGUGACCCCAAAUCGGGAAUCCCAGGGUUCGAUACAAGUCGUUAUGGAUUCGGAAUGGUUCAGCCUGACAGAGAAAUGUUUGUACGCUACAAACUCAAAGCCCAGUCCAGAAUCCACUAA